CGCCGCCGCCCCGCAGUCGCCGCCGCCGGCGAUGGGCGGCCUGCUGAGCACGCCGGCGCCGUCCCCGUCCACCUCCGUCUCCCUCGGCCUCGGCUCCCCCGACGACGACGGGUCCCUCAAGUCCCCCGCCGUCGAGGCACCCCGCCGCAGCCUGCGCCUGGCCGGCGCCGCCAGCCCGGACACCCCCGCGGCGGCCUCUUCCGACCGCGACGGCGCUUCGUCGGGCGCUCGCGGAAGGAGGAAGGGGAGGCCUCGCGCUUCCGCCGUUGCUGCCGCCGCUGCUUCCCCGGAGGCUGGGGAGGCGGGGAGCGAUGGCGGCGAGGCUAGGGCUUCGGGCGGCAGCGGCGGCGGCUCCAGUCUUCAGGGGACGCGCAUGAGCUUGCGGUCAGGGUCUCGGCUCGGGAAGCGGCCUGUGGAGCCAGACGUCCACGCGGGGACGGGGCUCGGACCCGAUGGAGGAGGGUCCGGGUCUGGAGACAAGGUGCACGACGAAAUGCUGCACCAGUGCACUGAUGGGUCGGGGAAGCGGCGCAAGGGCGUAGCGGCUCGGCUGGCCGACUACGUGACUGAUUCAGAGAGCGACAGUGAUGACGACUUUGUGCUGCCGGCGAAAGGGAGUGCGAGCAUGAUGGCCGGAGCGGCGGCUGAUUGCGUGCCUGAUUCGGAGAGCGACAGGGAGGAUUUUGUGCUGCUGGGGGAUCGUAGCUUGAAGGUACCGGCGAACUUGUUCACUCCUUUUAAUCUGAGUGAACCGAGUGUGGUGGCUAUGGGUUCGCAUAUGACCGGCCAGGGGAGUGGUGGUUCUGUGAGGACUCGUAUAGGGGGAAUUGGACAAGUUAAUGACAGGAAUGAACAGCUCUUCAGUGAGGAGUCUAUGCUCAUGCAUGAUUCGGCAGAGAAGGCAGCUGCUGGCACUGUUAAGCCAUUAGCAUCUGCUGCAGACAAAGCCUUUGCGGAUGUGAAUUUCAGUGAGGAGGUUCUCAGGCAUGAGUCUGGAAAUAGAGGUGAAGGAAACUCAAAGCUGGUUCUUGGGAACAACGAUUCUGGUGCUGCUGUCAGUGUGGGUAUUCCAUCUGGUACCAGGACCAGGAAGUUCAGUCGUGAUGAUAAAGGAAAGGGGAAGAUGGUUGUGGAAGAGGUUUUAUUGCCCCAGAAGUUAAGUGAUGAUGAGAUGGAUUGGGAACCUGUGGUUUUACAAGAGAAUCAGAGCGUCUCAGGAGCAGCUGAUGCUGAUGUGGAGCCGCUUUGGAGGCAAGCGGCAAGAGAGAGAGCUAUUAAGCUGGCCCCAAAAUUUGCAUUCUUCAAAGCAGGUGAAGAUGUACAUAGUGACGAAGAUGAUGAAGAAGAGUUAGAGCCUGCGGCUGAUGCUCAGGAUUGGCCAGGUCCAUAUUCUACUGCAUUGAGGAUCAUGGAUGAUAGAGAUGCUAAAUUGAGAGCCCGGGAGUUGAAUCCGUCGUCUAAACUAGCUAAUGAUGCUGAUAAUGUCAUUUUGUGGACACCUUUGAAAAACAAGAAAGCUCCGCUGCGACCCGUCCCAUCACUUGCAAGCUUAUGCAUGCAAACACUUGCAAGCCAUGCUGAAGGUAUUGAAUCACUUGGAGGCAUACCUGAGGAGUUAAAACAUAAACUUCUCACGGAACUGUGCUGUUCUAGGAAGAUGAAUACCCAUCUUCUUACUGAGAUCUUGUGUGACAAUCCUGUGGCACUGCAGCUUAGGGAGUGUUCGUGGUUGAAUGAGGAUGACUUUGAGGCUGUUUUUGGGAAAUGCAUGACUGAAUCCUUAGAGGUUCUGCAGCUUGACUUAUCUGGGCGAUGCAUGCCUGACUAUAUUUUGCCUACUACCUUGGCAAAGGUUCCAAAUUGCAUGCCAUUAUUAAGAAAAAUAUCUUUGAUGGGAAAUUACCGUCUUUCUGAUAAUGGGUUAGACAAACUCAUCUCAGCAGCACCUUCUCUGAGUUCGCUAAAUUUAAGCGAGUGUUCUCUUCUCACAUCAACUGGAAUUGAGAAUCUUGCUAAUAGGCUGCAAUCUGUAUUGAGAGAACUAUAUAUUAAUGACUGCCUAAAUGUGGAUGCCAUGAUGAUUCUUCCUGCUCUAGAGAAAAUUAAACAACUGGAGGUUUUAUCAAUGUCUGGCAUACAGUCUGUCUGCGACAAGUUUGUGAAUGAGCUCAUUCCUGUACAUGGCUCUAAUAUAAGGGAGUUAGCGUUUGCUGGUUGCCUGAAACUGACCUCAUCCUCCAUUAAGACUAUUGGGGUGAACUGCCCCCAGUUAUCAUCUUUAGAUAUACGAAACUUGAGUAGGUUGCGUGACUCAGCAACGAGACAUCUUCGUUAUGGCUGUCGGCUUAUAAAGAAAUUAAAGCUUCAAAAGAAUACAUUCAGUGAUGAAGCGCUGUCUCAGUUUUUGGAAGAAUCUGGAGGAUGUCUAACUGAGCUGAGCCUAAACAACAUUGAGAAGGUUGGAAACCUUACUGCACGGGCGAUUGCUAGCAAGUGCUCCUUGCGCUUGGAAAUUCUGGAUGUUUCCUUCUGCCGUGGUCUGACCAAUGAAGCUUUGGGGCUGAUUGUUGACAGUUGCUCAUCACUGAGAACUCUGAAGCUAUUUGGGUGUACCCAGAUCACGGAUAUUUUCCUCAAGGGCCACUCGAACUCAUUGGUGAAAAUUAUUGGGAUAGAAGGGAGCAUACUGGAGCAAUUGGGUCGUUGUUAGUCUGCCCCAGAAUGAUGCUACAUUUGUCUGACCAGUCAGCGGUCCAGCUUGGGCAGGGAAACUCUUCUAUAACCUACCUUGCUGAUACCAGUUAUAGAUUUCUAGAACUUUGUCUGUUCGAUUUCUAGAACUUUGUCAGUUAGAUUUAUAGCAUUUUGCUAUAGGUGCAUGACACUGGUCAUAUGGAUGCCAUCUAGAACUUUAUUAUAUGAUUCGUGAUGGAAGUGCUAUUUUGGCUAUUCGGUGCAUGACUGAUCAUAUGAUUCCUGAUGGAAGUGUUAUUUUGGCUUUGAACUUUGCUGAUGUCGUCUAGAACUUUGAUAUAUGCAUGUUGGUUAUGCUA